AUGAAAAGAGUGAAAAGCAUCAAGAGCAAUAAUAACCGGAGUUCCUCCAAUCUGAUAUCUAACAGGACGAGACAAUACCAAAAAUAUGUAAAUGAUCAAGCAAGAAGGAGGAAUAAUGCUGUUGAUGAUUACCAAAGACCAACAAAGUCAUUCGGAUCUGGAGUCUCUAGUAGAGUAAAAUCAAGAGUGAAUCAUGGGAAUGAAUCUACGAACCGCAUCUCGAAAGCUCUAGCGCCUAUCUUGAACAACCCAAGCCAGUAUUCUUCACGGAGAGGAAAUCAAAGAAGUGAGACAGGGAAAAUUAGAGGUGUUAAGAAACAAAAAUAUGCUAAUAGGAACAGAGAUAUUUAUGAAGAAUCUUCUAUAGAUGAAAAUUACUCUGGCCCCAAAAAGGUAACAAGGUUUGACAGAAAUGAUAUUUCUUCAAUGUCAGUCGAUGAUAUCAUUAAUUCUGCCGCAAUGAGAAGGGAGCUGCAGAGAAGGAAUACAAACCAAACUACUGUAAGAAAUGAUAGUCCUCCAACUAAUGAUCUUGGAAACUAUGAAAAUGGCUACAGUCCUCAAAUCUAUUUCAGAGAUGAUAGUACGAUUCAAGAUUACGAAGCUGAGCCUGAGCCACAGACUGCUCCUACUCCACAGGCACCAAGUAACGAAAUCAUUGAACAAAAAGUAGAAGAAGUUCUAAAAAGGUUUAUGGAAACAUCAAAAAUAGGCUCGAUGCAAGGAAGUAGAGAGAGCUCUUUAGGUAGAAGUAUGACUGCUCCAGAAUAUUGGAACAUGAAUCAACAAUAUCCUGUCCAAUCUCAAUUUCAUAAUUCUUUCGGAUCGGUACAGCCAAUGUUCCAUACUACUCAAGAUACAAGCCAUCAAAAUAAUUUUACUCAGCUAAAAUAAACAAGUAGAUGAUCUCCAGGUUUCUUUGACAGAGAAGGAUGCUGAAAUAGUUUGGCUCAACAUGAAACUCCAAGACGAGAAAAGAUCAGCCUCCCGAGCAACUCUCAACAGAGACUAUUCUCGUGGAACUCUUCAUAGAGAUCCAUCGCGAAGUUCAGUCUUAGGAAUUGACUCAAAGAUACAAGAAAAUCAGAUUGAGAAUCUGUCAAGAGAUAAAGACAAACUGGAGAAAAGGGUAAAAGAGCUCGAACUUGAGAAAAUAAAGAUUGAAAAAUCCAAAGAUGAAAUAGAAAGAGAAAGGGACCAGCUCAAAAUACAGGUUAGUUAUCUCCAGAAUGGAAGCUCAGGACCAAGUGCCAAUGUCAAGUUAGACGUCAUGCUCGAGAAUAAAGUCACAAAACAAAAACUUCUUGAGGUUAAAGAAGACUACGGGAAACUUCUUAAUGAGAACCUCCAGUAUAAAGAGAGAUGGGAGAAAGAAAGUGAGGUCAGGGAAGAAUUCAAAAAAUCUGUAGAAAAACACCAGAAUGAUGUCAAGAAAGCACUAAAAAUACAUAAAGCAAAUGAAGUUUUGGCCAAGCAAAAUCUCAAACUCAAGAAUGACAUGAAAGAGCUCAGAGAGCAGAUGGAGUCCCCAGAAUAUCAACAGUUCCUCAAAGGUGCUCAUUCGGUCUCUUUUGCCGAUGAAGGAGAAGGACAGCCUGAAUUCAAAUGAGCUAAUUAUAUUUGAGUUAAGAACCUAACUGAGAAGCAAGAACUUCAAGACCAGGUUCAAACACUCAAAGAAGAAAUAGAUUCUCUAAAUGUUCAGCUUGAGAGGACUAAAACAGAAGGAAGAACUGAUGAGGAAAUUGAUCUGAUAGAAAAGCUCCAGAAAGAGCUAGAUGAGGCUAAUAGUAAUGUUAUUGAAAUGGGCAAUGAGCUUAAUGAUAAAGAAAACACAAUUGAAACACUCAACCUUGAGGUUAAUCGUCUCAAGGAAAGAGAAGAGAAACUCAAGAAUGAUGUUGAUAAGAAUAGAAAGUUAUUGACAUCAGAAAAGGAGAAGAAUACAAAAGCACAACUUAAUGAUGAAGUACAAAGACAGAUGGAAUCAUAUCUUACCCAGAUAACCUUACUUCAGACCGAAGAUGAGCAAAAGAAUGCACUAAUCCAAGAGAGAAAUCAAGAAAUCUUGACUCUAAACCAACUAAUUGAAAAAUUGGAUCCUAAAGGGAAGAAGAGGAAGAAGUUUACUAAAUAA